GACAACAUUGACAAGACCACCGUUGACACGCGAUCCGUAAACAUCACAUUGCCAAUACACACGUACCUGUUUUUUCUGUGUGCCUGUCGAGGUCCCUUCAGGAGAAGGCCACUUGAACGAGUUACAUACACCAUCUCCCUUUCUCAUACUUUCCACAUACCUAUUUAGUUCCGCCGGAAAAGACAUCUGAUCUCGCAUAUCUGCCAUCUCAAAGCAUGGGUCCCUCCCCUGAACGCCGAGGGGGCUGGCCACCCAACACCAUUCCCAUCGAGCUGUUCGUCAAGAUCGCCGGGUUGGUCGACAGCCGCCAAGACCUCAACGCAUUGUGCCUUGUCAACAAGGAGUUCAACGCAAAGUUGGGAUGUUGCCUUUUUCAGCGACUCGUGAUCCACGUAGGACCUGGCCUCUGCGCAAAGGUGGAUGCCGGCCUUCCUUAUCGGACGGGUUUGAAUUCGGUCGAUGUUACCGACUACCUGUCAGAUACCAACAUUUUUCGUAACUUUGGCUCGGAUAUACGCCGGUUCGGGCUCGCACUCGAGCUUGACGAGCGCGAUCUCGCAAGUCCCAGCACCGGCGACAUGGAAGCAGUCGAGAUUAGCCACUGGGGUGUUUACCGCUGGCCUGAUCCGUCAUGUGACUCUCGUGCCCGUUCACACCUAGCGUGUAUCACCAAAUCAUUGGAGAGGUCGCAAGGUGUUUUUCGGCUUUUGUCCGGGGUAAGACAAAUCCAAGAACUUGCUCUGUCUUGCGAAGGAGGGUUAGGAUACCUCCAGGGACCCGACAUCAACCGGCUGCUGCCCCCCACAAGAUUCACUAUUUUUGGAGACCCGAACCUGGCCCUCGCUACCGAAGAUGAUUCGUAUCAAAUCGAGUUUGACAAGUCUUAUAGGCACGAGAUGGUUGAACGCAAGCUAGCUGUUGCUGGUGUCGAUCCCACGCUCAUUCCUGGCCUGAUAGACCAGCUUGUGGCCAAUGAGAGAACCACUCUGGAGGGGUUUUCCCGCGAGAGACGCAGACGGCCUCUCCUCCCCGGAGGUGUCGAUGGACGCAACUGCAGGGUUACGGCGCGUCCACAACGAUAUUACGAGAUAUAUCGCCUGCAGCCAGAUCUGCUUACCGACACGCAGAAAAGAUUCCUUUACCAGCACGUCACUGCCCAGGCUGCGCUUGUUCAAUCCUUUCUACUUGCCGCAAUCGAUAAUAGCACACACUUCGAGAAUCUGACGAAGAUUAACAUUGCCCGCCUUUCGAGCUUCCAUAUAGACUCGCUCUGUCGUGACGACUUCUGGUCUUGCCUCCGCGUCGAGGAGGUCUCUCUGGCUGUGGUGCCAGACUGGCGAGCUCUGACACAGAUAAACGCAUUUACCAUCGGGGAUAGAGAGGUUUUCCCGACGGAUGCUAUGCCGAAGGUUUUUCGACUAUUGAACGACUACAUCGGCAAGCAGCCGCACGUAAAAAAACUUCAUUUCGAGUGGAUUUGUGGCGGAGAGCUGGCGCCCGGACACUGCCAAAGAAACCAGAAUAUCCUGCCAGCGCCGUUCCUCAAGGAACACCGAAAGGUGGUAAACUCGUCUCUGGAAAACCUCCUUAUCCUACCCUUCGUAUCCCACCUGUCUCUGAAGAACUGCUGGUUCGCCCCGAACGUAUUCUACCGCAUCGUGCAGACCAUGUCCCAAGAGCACCACCUUGUGUCAUUGGAGCUCGAGACCGUCUCGCUCAGUGGUCCUUCGAUUUUUCGAGCCAGGAUGCUGGAUGUGGACAUCGGUAGUAACGACCAACAUCUUGGUGACAACGAUAAUACACCUGCUCUGAACCCUCUUAUGGCGCUAUAUGUUGCUGCCCGCAUGGCUCCGGAUCCGGAGCCAAACGAGCUUCGACGACCCCUAGACCUGUCUUGGUGUCACAUAAUCGAUAUGCUAACACCCGGUCCAACUAUCGUGGAGCAGCUUCAGGGUGAAAAUCGGGAAGAUCACGUGAGCUUGCCCAUAACGAAGCGUCUGAAGUUGCAGAAGCUGGUGUUCAAGUCGUGCGGUUAUGUUAUGGUUCCUGAUGAUCGCUUCAUCUCGGACCGGCGAUUUCGUCACAUAACCUCGCCACGUCGACCCCCGGAAGUGAUGCUGGAAGCCAUUUUACAGGCACGAAUGGCAAUGAGGAAUAUGGCAGAGAAGGAGGCAAUCUCCGGCAUAAUGCAGAAAAGCACGGACAGGCAUCUUGCAAAAAUCGUUACUCGCCUCGAUCGUGACGAACUGUUUGCCAUGCGAAGGGUCUUUGGCUUUCAUAUCGGAUGGGACGGCAUAUAUGAUGCCAAUUUUAUCCGAGCUGCGUGGAGGGAUGAUGUUCCUAACCCUGGUGCCGGUCGGUUCAGCGGGACGAUCCAAUACCGUCCAGACUCCACCCGAUAUGCUUUUGGGGACGAUGACACUGGGGGUGCUGUUUACGAAUAUAACAACUCGGUGUUUGAUGAAAACUACGACGAUAACGCUGACAUUGACAAUGUUAUGAAUCGCAUGAUGCAUGAUCUUGGGUAUACAGAAGGAUUAGGCAGGGGUCGCCCUCAGGCGGACCAGGAAGGCUCGUUAUUAUUCGAGUCCGACACCGAGGAGCCGUACCUCAACGGCGAGCGUUAGCGGCGCACGUUUGUGUUUUAGUUGGGGGGAGUUAGGCGUCUUACCAGGCGGCUCGCUAGGCGGCGGGCUAGGCGGCGAACUUGAACUCGCAGUAUUUCGGCACUUCUUCCAUGUCUAGAAUA